CCACCCACCGUCUCCGAGUCCGAGACUCUCCAUUGCUUGCUCCUUUUCCUCAUGAUGUAUGUAACUGUUGGUCAAGAUUCGAGUCCCGGCGAUGGGUUUCCUUCAAGCUCAAGCCGGACAUUUGUCAGGCGAGGCAAGAGCACGGCCUACCGGAUGCGCAGGUUCACCCCACUGAUGCAGCAGGAGAGAGGCGACGGGACCUACCUUCAACAGCAGCCAGAGAGCUACGCGCUACCCCAUGAAUGGUACAGGUGAGAGAAGAGCCUAGAACCCCGCUGAUCUGCCGUUCCUCUGUCUGUGUUUGCUUUCGCCAGGCAAUGGAGCGCUGCUGUCCCUGUGAGCAUCCCCUCGUCUGCCCCUCCCCCACCUCCCCAUCCCGUCACGCCCGCGCCACCUGACGCCUCUCCAGAGCUUCAGGGCGCCACGCUGACUGUCAGCCCUCCUCGGUGGCAGCCGCCCGUUCCUUCCCCGGCGCCAUUGAACUGGGGAGACAUUCAGAAGGGCGUCACGGCCCUGUCGUCGCCAUCUGUCACGCCGCAGGUCGUGCUGCCGGCUGGAGGAAGGGAUGGCGACACAGCAGGAGAACCAGAUGGGGCUGCUCCUGUUGUGACCCACGAGACCGUGAAGCCACAGGUGGGGGAGAAGAAGGUGGUGAGGCUGAAGAGCACCAAGGGGCGCAAGGGGCUUCGCGAGAGGGCUCCCUACAAGACCCGUAUUCCCGCCGAUUAUGAUGGGGGACACUCAGCAGAAGGAGAGGAAGAGGACUGGGGCCGACUGUCUCCGCAGAAUGCCGUCCUGCCGCCUCCGUUUCAACCCCCAGCAGUGACGGCUGUGCAGCCCCCGAAGAUCACCGACUUGGAGGGUUUGAUGUCUCUGCCGACUGUUGUCGUCCCUCCCGAGAAGUUGCUCCCCGAGAGACAGCCAUUCAGCGCAAGAGAGCCGCCGGUUGAUGUCACGGCUGUUAAUCAUGACGACCGGCCUGUCAGGGGCCCAAAGCAGUGGACGGCGAAGGGCGGGGAUGCAAUAUGGAUUCCCCUGACGCCUCCGCAGGUGGAAUCGAAGGCACACACGGCCAAAAAAGGCAAGGUCACGACGAAGAGGCCAAAGACAGCGUCUUCGAUCCUUCAACCUUCAAAGGACGUGAGCCCUUCUUUUCCAUUACAAACCACGCGGAGCAGAAUCUCCACUUCUGUCUUUUUUGGCAGGAUAUCUAUGUCAACCGCCUCAAGGCGCUGCGUCUCCACACCGGGGUUCCCACGCGGAGCCACUCUAUCCCUGUGGAGGGCAAGGGCGACAGGGAGGAGCACCCUUUACUCUCACCGCUUCCCAAGGAUUUGCCGCAGAGCCGUCUCUGUGCCUUCCACUCUCAGCCGAAGCGGACGCCCCUCAUUUCCCGCCACGAACCGCCCCCAAACGAAGUGAAGCCGGCGCGCCCAGCGACUGCCCCUCUCGGCCGAUCAGUGUCGGUAGGUGCGCUUGCCAAGAAGUCGAAGGGUCAAGAGCCUCGUGAGCAUGUGGUCAAGAGCCCGAUACCGUUGACGCCGCCUCGCCGAGAGCCUGACAAGACGCAGCGAGAGGGGACGCCUGCGGAUGGGUUGGCGAUGAAGCAGCCUGUUAUCUUGAAGGCCCCACCAGUCAAGACCAUUGUGGCAUCUUUCGAGGCCAAGGCAAAGCUGUCUUCUGCCAAGGAACUCUCGCCAGGCAAGACCAGCCUCAUCAUCGAUGGCGGCAGCGCCUCACAAGUGACAUCCUCCCACCCUACCCCUACUAAGCAGAGGGCGAUUGUCUCGGCCACCAGAGCACCUACAAAGGCACCCGUGAAGCCGCCAUUAGCAGAGCCGCCGCCCAAGAUCGAUCGCAAGACUGCGGCAAGGGAGCGGACAACGGCCUUGCAGAAGGCAGUGGAAGAGCCGCAGAAGCGAGGUGCGUCCCGCACGGAUACGCACCCGAUACUGCUGCAGAAAAUGUCGAGCGAGAAGCUUGUGGUCUCGAGAGGGGACCAGACACUGAGCGAACACGAGAUCCACGCUAUGCUCUCGUUUGGAGGUCCGAAGGCACCUGUGGCUGAGGCGAUACCAGCCCAUGGACCGCCGCUACACGUGAAGAAACCUGCAGUUCCACUCAAGAGGCCGCCGGCGAUCGAAGCCAAGGAGUCCAUCGUCACACCAACGGCACAGGGCAUCAGCCUCAAAGUAAAGGCACUAAGAGACCAACAAGCCGGUCUACCGCCGCAGUCAGAGGAAUUACUGAAGAUUCCCUCUCCAGCGCGGCCUGGCGAGGAUGGCCAAAUGGCGCUUCCGAAGCUCGGAGUGGUCUCGUCCCUCCAAGAGAGAAUGGCGGCAAAAGCUCGACACGCCCCAUCUGCCAUUCACAGGCGGACCCUUCCCGUCAAGCCUCGGUCGUUCAUGCCCAAGGCACCAUUCCCGAUGAGUCCCGCGCAGGAAGAAAAGUUGAGGGCAUGGCUCGAAGAGACAGUGGCGCACCACCUGGCGCAAGUAAAUGCCGUCCAAGUGGGCCUCACUCCUGGACAAAUGGCAGGAUCGCAGGUGCCAAAGAGUCGGUACAAAGCACCAGCGCCCAACAUCGCACGAGUGGAGGCGCGAAGCCCCACAGCUCAGGUCAAUGAUGUCUCGAAGAACUUCGAGAGCCCGAGGGAUCAGCUUGUAUCGCAGAGUAAUGAUGGCUCGCGUCCGGCCAGUUCCCAGUCGCCACCGCCUUCGUUGCGACCGUCGUCAGCCAGUGUACAUCGACGUGAGGCGCUGAGCCAACAGAGCCGCGCUACCAAAGACGUGAUGGCUGAGGAGGUCAGCGGGGCAGGCGAGAGACAAGGGAGACAGGCAUACGUUAAUCGUGUCUUUCUGACUGGCUGCGUCCGUGUAUGUCAGCCGGUCGACGAACCUCGUCGCUUCGUGGCUCGUGUGGGCGGGGGUUUCAUGAGCUGCUCCACCUUCCUACGAGUCGGCACAUCACGACCACAAACGCCACAGAGGCAAUCACAAGGUCACGUCUCCAUAAAUUACUUGUGUCUGUCUCAUCGUCUGAAUGGGCGCCCUGUGCCCGUGUGUGCAGGUGCCGGCGUUGACGUCGAUGUGUAUGCUCUGGAGCACGACAGGACCUACCAGCUGACCCGUGACAGCGCCUAUACGGCCUGCCUGGCGCGGCGCGUGGCGCCCCAGACGCUUAUCGACGCCGCGCAACAGGCUGAGUUCAGCCAGUCGGUCAAGAUAGUUGACUGACGAGCCAAAGUUGGCAUCCACGUGAGCUGCGAUAGCUGCAUUUCCACGCGCUCUGCCGUCAGACGACCGCGGUCGAGUGGAUCUGUAUGUGGUAUCCCAU